CAACUGCAAUACAUUCGACUUGGCUGCUGCUUCAAACGCGCCGUGAAGACGAGACGCUAGUUCACGCCUAUUCAACGGCCAGCGCGCGCGGCACUACUGCUGCGUCUUCCCCGCUCAAGCCGCCCGCAGGGCGGGAUGCUGUGCGCCGCACUCAGCGCCUCGGCGCGGCCGGCAUUGCUGCGGCCGCGCGGGGCCGCCCAGCCGGCGACGACCCACCGCACCGCCUGCGUCCUUGCUGCUGCCGCGGCGGGCCGCGCAAGCCGCUGUGCCUCGCCGCUGGCGGCUGACAUUCAUAUUCUGAGGAGCUGUUCCUCCCGCCGGACCUCUGUGAGGGUGGCGGCGAGCGCCGAGGAGCCUGCCGCCUCUUCCCCCGACGUGCGCUCCAGCGAGCAGCAGCAGGCGCUGCCCCCGGCGCCCACGCCCUCUUCUCCGCUGCCGCCAGCCGCCGCCGACCCACAUGCCGCUCGCCCGCCGCCGCCAGCUUCGGCCGCCGCUGUCACGGCCGCUCUGUCGUCUGUGGUGGGUGGCGUGGUGGACGCCCGCCUGGCGGGUGUGCGAGGCCAGCUGGUGCAGGAGGUGGUGGCCACGCUGACGUCGGAGCCGCGGCUGCUGCUGAAGGAGCUGCUGCUGGCGAUUGGAGAGCACGCGCCGGCCUCCGGAGGGACUGACACGGCGGAGCUGCGGCGGCGUGUGACCGACCUGCUGGAGGCGCGCAUGGAGGAGCUGGGGGCGGCGAAGGGGCAGCAGCAGCAGCGGGGCGGCGAGGGCGCGGCCAAGCAGGGCUCUGGCAGCUCAGGCCCCGGCGGAGAGCCGACAGAGACUGGCGGCGGAGGCGGUGGCGGAGGCGGCGGCGGCGGCAGUGGCGGUGGCGGAGUCGGAGGAGGAGGAGGGCGACGACGAGCCGGCGGUGGCGGCGGCGGCAGCGGCGGCGCAGGAGGAAGUGGAUCUGCGCCCAAUCUGGCUGUUGCUGUUGGAGCUGUUGCUAUGACUCUGGCUUGUUGCGUGGCUUGGGCCCUCGAGGAUGGGCAGCAGCUGUACCAGCGGGAGCGAGAGCCGCCUGCUGGAGCGGUGGAGACAGCGGCGGCGGUGGGGGUGCGCGCAGUGGGCUCAACGCCCGGGCCCUACCCGGGCAUCCGCCUGCCGCGCACCAGCCCCAUUCCCGGCCAGGUGGUCACACUGGACAACGUAUGCGUGGGGCUGGUGGUGCGGCGCGGCCCAGACUGGGACAAGAUCCACACAAACUUCAUGGAGGCUGGGGUCGACGGCGGCCCCGGCAAUGACGGCGUAGUGACGGACGUCAGCAAGACUGGCAGGUACGCCUCUGUGCGCUGGAAUGCCACUGGCGAGACAAGCUAUAGCUGCAACAUCACCGGCAAGCCCGGAUACCACGAGCUGGUGGUGGCGCCGGCGGAGGCGCAGCGGCGGAAGUGGCCGUGGGAGUGGGUGUGGCGCAAGCAGUGAUAGAUGCACGGUACAUGAGGAAGUGGUGGCAGCAACCCUUCAGCGGCGUGCAUUGGCGGUUGCCUGGCACUGGGGAGCAGGCUAAUAGAUAGGUAGGGGGCGGAUGCCAAUUAAAAAGUACGUGCGUGAUGCUGAAGAUGGAUUCCGGUGGUUGUGGCCUGUGCGGCCGUCGCCUAGUGAUAGAUGACAGUGUGCGCACGCACGUGUUGAGUGCGUGGCCACGCACUCAACACGUGCGUGCGCACAUGGCGUAGCAAUUGCUGGAGUAGGAUGAGGCGUGUGCGUGGGGCAUUGGCAUGCCGUGCUGAUACCUGUCAGAUAGACGCUUGAUUAUUGUUGCUGGGGUAUAAGCCUCAUGGAAGCUGGAGCUUGUCGGUGGAGGAUGCAGUAGUGUGCGUUGCGCUUGUACCGUGAACAUGCACGGCGGCCAUCACAAACGCGCUUAAGAAGGGUCUGCAAAGCUGAUCUAGGAGCGUGCAGCUUGCAUUGAGGCAGGCGGAAACUGAGGUAGACACCGUAGACACCGCCGCUGGGGCUGGAUUCUAUGCUGUGCUGUGAGGGCUGGGACGGGCGGCGUUCCAGGAUGUGGAGCCGGCGACGAGUUGGGGGGUUGCUAGCUAGGGAAGGCGGGGGGAGGGGGGGCGGUGAAACUAACUGGAGGGCGCGUUCGGCGUUCCAGAAUGGGCGGGGGCAUUGCCAGGGCGCCCAAUCCACACGCAACCAUUGCAGCACCCUGCCGCUCGAGCGCUCCUAUCUUUCAACAUACAGAAAUCCCGUUUGAGCCAAGCAAGUGCAAUACAUUCGACUUGGCUGCUGCUUCAAACGCGCCGUGAAGACGAGACACUAGUUCACGCCUAUUCACCGGCCAGUACGCGCGGCACUGCUGCGUCUUCGUUCCCCGCUGAAGCCGUCCGCAGGUGGGUGCUGUUUGUUACGGAUGUUUGCCUGGCUGGGGGCAAUACGGAUGUGCCGUGGGGCCGGAGCCCAGGAGAACCGGCGAGUUCCUUUUGGCGGGAAAUGGUUCGUCGGA